AUGCACGCCCUUUCUGGAUUCUCCCUGGUCAGCCUGCUCAGCUUGGGCUACCUGUCCUGGGAUUGGGCCAAACCGGGCCUCGUGGCUGAUGGGCCUGCGGAGGCCAGCGAUCAGUCUUCGGCAGCUCCAUCACAACCUCCUCACAUAAUCUUCAUCCUCACCGACGACCAAGGGUACCACGACGUCGGCUACCACGGCUCAGAUAUCGAGACCCCAACGCUGGACCGGCUGGCAGCUGAGGGCGUCAAACUGGAGAAUUAUUACAUCCAGCCCAUAUGUACGCCUUCUCGGAGCCAGCUCCUCACUGGCAGGUACCAGAUCCACACAGGAUUGCAGCACUCCAUCAUCCGCCCACGCCAGCCCAACUGUCUGCCGCUGGAUCAGGUGACGCUGCCCCAGAAGCUACAGGAAGCGGGGUACUCCACCCACAUGGUGGGCAAAUGGCAUUUGGGCUUCUACAGGAAGGAGUGCUUGCCUACCCGCAGGGGCUUUGACUCCUUUUUGGGCUCCCUCACGGGCAAUGUGGACUACUACACCUAUGACAACUGCGACGGCCCAGGGGUUUGUGGUUUCGACCUGCAUGAGGGUGAGAGCGUGGCUUGGGGUCUCAGUGGCCAGUACUCCACCAUGCUCUACGCCCAGCGUGCCAGUCACAUCCUUGCCAGCCACAGCCCUCAGAAGCCCCUGUUCCUCUAUGUGGCCUUCCAGGCAGUACACACACCCCUACAGUCACCUAGGGAGUACCUGUACCGCUAUCGCACAAUGGGCAAUGUAGCCCGGCGCAAGUACGCAGCCAUGGUGACCUGCAUGGAUGAGGCUGUUCGCAACAUCACCUGGGCCCUCAAGCGCUACGGUUUCUACAACAACAGCGUCAUUAUCUUCUCCAGUGACAAUGGUGGCCAAACUUUCUCAGGAGGUAGCAACUGGCCCCUUCGAGGACGCAAGGGCACUUACUGGGAAGGUGGUGUGAGGGGACUGGGUUUCGUCCACAGCCCCCUGCUCAAGAAAAAGAGACGGACCAGUCGGGCCCUGGUGCAUAUCACGGACUGGUACCCAACUCUGGUGGGACUGGCGGGUGGCACUACAUCGGCAGCUGAUGGAUUGGAUGGCUAUGAUGUGUGGCCAGCCAUUAGCGAGGGCCGGGCCUCGCCACGCACAGAGAUCCUACACAACAUUGACCCGCUCUACAACCAUGCCCGGCAUGGCUCCUUGGAGGGUGGCUUUGGCAUCUGGAAUACAGCCGUCCAGGCUGCUAUCCGGGUGGGAGAGUGGAAGCUGCUCACCGGAGACCCAGGCUAUGGUGACUGGAUUCCACCACAGACGCUGGCCUCCUUCCCCGGCAGCUGGUGGAACCUGGAGCGGAUGGCCAGCAUCCGCCAGGCUGUGUGGCUCUUUAACAUCAGUGCUGACCCUUACGAACGAGAGGACCUGGCUGGCCAGCGACCUGAUGUCGUCCGCACCCUGCUGGCUCGCCUUGCUGAUUAUAACCGGACGGCCAUCCCUGUGCGGUACCCAGCAGCGAACCCUCGGGCCCAUCCGGACUUUAAUGGGGGCGCUUGGGGGCCCUGGGCCACCGAUGAGGAAGAGGAGGAGGAGGAGGAGGAGGAGGAAGGCAGGGCUCGAAGUUUCUCCCGGGGCCACCGCAAAAAGAAAUGCAAGAUUUGCAAGCUUCGAUCUUUUUUCCGCAAACUCAACACCAGGCUGAUGUCCCACCGGAUCUGAUGGCUGGGCGUGGCAGGGACUCCCAGCUCCCACUCCGAUACUGUCCCAUUGCUGCGUCUCAGGGAGAAGACCAAGGUCAAGUCUCAUCUGCAGGCGUGUGGAGGGAGCGCACAGAGCCCCUUAGCUGGAUCUUAUGGAGCUUGGGGGGAGGGCACCAAGCAGGCAGGGAUGCCUGGGUCUCUGUCCUGCCGCUCUCCUGACGUGUUUGUUCUGUGACCUCCGGUUACCUCCAUUCUGCCUUGGUCUCCUCGCCUCUAAAAUGAGCUCUGGUGCCUUUAUGGCUCCAGUGUACACCUGUGACUGGGGCCAUGGCAGACCUUGCCGACCUCAUCACCUUCCAGACAACAUGAGUCAGUGGCCUUCAUUCCAGGUCUCUGUGGUGCUACUGGACAUCGACUGGGGCAUGGCUGCUCGGUCAAAGGACUCAGUGAGAGCAAACAGUAUAGGGUAUGGGAAUCUUUACAUCCCCAGAGCCCCGGGAUGUGGAAGCUUAGUGGAAUACAGCAUCCAGGGGAACCUGGCUGGGCCCUGAGCAGCCGCCUAGUGAGGUUGGGAGGGGGGAGGGGGGAGGGGGGGACACAACUGUGAAAAGAGUCUUUGAACCAAUCAUCUCCUUUGCCCUUGGGCACAGUCCUUUCCCCCAGGGCCUUGACUUCCCUACUUGCUAAGGGGUGGGGGAAUGCUAGCCCUGGCUUGGCCUACCUCACACUGCUGUAGAAAUCUGGCCAAGCUAAUGGCUGUGGAGGAGACUGUGAACUUGAUUAAAGUGCCAUCACCCACA